UUCAGUUGCAAUAUUACAGCCUGGCGCAGGGAGGCGCGGUUCUCCGCCAGGUGCGCCUUCCUCCCUCCCGCACCUUCCCAUCCCAGCGCUGCUGCUGAUGAUGAUUCUGGUUGCUCCGUCGUCGCCUCCUCCGCUGCCGUACAGCCAUCCUCCUCCUCUUCUUCUCUUUCUUCGUCUUCUUCUUUUUCGCAGGAGGAGCUGACUUGAUGCGCAUAAUAAAUCAUCUCUGCAUGAUUCCUUCUCAAGCCCAAUUUCAGCCUCGCGCGUGUUGGAUUAGAGAGCGUAAACACGGGCGAUAGUCGAGCCUCUAAAACUGGGGAGGUUUCAAAUGUGAUUCAGCGCAGCAAACAACGUGGGUGUUGUGUGUGUGUGUGAGUGAGUGUGUGAGAGUGUGUGUGUGUGUGUGAGUGUGUGUGUGUGUGCGUGUGUGUAUGUUUUUUUUUCUUUUUUUCGGUGGGGAGUGGAGAAAGGAGAGAGCAGCGAUAUGAGACGCGUGUGUUUAUGCCUCCUGCGUUCCUUGUUAUCUCUUACUGACCACCGGCUCAUUUUUUCACCUGUAUGAACGACCUUGCGAUUGUGACCGAAAUUUUCCUAACGACGUUUCCAUGGAGGAUCAAUCUGUCGCUUUUUCUGCGAGGGCUGAAUUUGGUUGCUGCUGGUCUCCAGAUAUUUCAAGAUAAGAGGUCAAGCUCCCCUCUCUCGGAGAACGCCGGUGCCAUUUUAAAGCUUAUUGGAUGAAACUCUCAUUUGCCCUUGGCUGCCAAAGAUGACGUUGCCAUGGAAACAGCUUCUACUGUUAUCAAUCAUCGACUGUCUGGCAGAUUGUCUGGACAGUGGAUCGUACCAUGGUCCAAGAUGGAGGAUGGAGCCAGGUGAUUUGUUUAUUCCCGUCGACUCUAUAGAAGAAGAAGCUACUUUGACUUGUGAUGCUAAGGGAAUACCACCUCCUCAGUACAGAUGGUCAUUGAAUGGGACUCUCAUAAAUCUGGGCCUGGAUCGCCGGCGGCGUCUGUCUGGGGGCAACCUCAUUAUAAGCAGUCUGGACCGCUACCAGGAUGUAGGGAUGUACCAGUGUAUGGCGUUCAACACUGUAGGAGCGAUCCUCAGCAGGAGAGCCAGUCUGCAGUUUGCCUACUUGGAUCAUUUCAAAGUCCACACCAGAAGCGCAGUAUCAGUGCGAGAAGGACAGGGAGUGGUGCUGCUUUGUGGAACACCCACUUCCUCAGGAGAUCUUACAUAUGCAUGGGUCUUCAAUGAAUACCCAUACUUUGUUCAACAAGACAAUCGCCGCUUCGUCUCCCAGCAGACGGGAAACCUUUAUAUAGCCAAGGUGGAGCCCUCAGAUGUGGGUAACUACACCUGUGUAGUGAUGAACAGCAUCACAAAAGGCAAAGUUCAGAGCUCGCCCACGUCUCUGAUCCUCCGGACAGAUGGAGUGAUGGGUGAAUACGAGCCGAAAAUAGAAGUUAAUUUCCCAGACAAUGUGCCCGCCGCAAAAGGAUCAACAGUUACGCUGGAGUGUUUCGCCCUUGGGAACCCCGUCCCAGAGAUCACCUGGAAGAGAGCUAACGGCGUUCCCUUCCCCAGCAAAGUCAAAAUGAAGUACUCUAAUGCUGUGCUGGAGAUCCCCAGCUUCCAGCAGGAUGACACGGGGGGAUACGAGUGCGUUGCUGAGAACAAGAUGGGAAAGAACACGGCCACGGGGAGACUGGCCUUCUAUGCCAAGCCUCAGUGGAUCCAGACCAUGAAGGACACAGCUCUGGCCAUAGAGGAGAGACUGCACUGGGAGUGCCGGGCCAAUGGGAAGCCCAAACCCUCCUACACGUGGCUGAAGAACGGCCAACAGCUACUCUCAGAGGACAGGAUCCAUGUAGAGGACGGAGUCCUGUCAGUGUCGGUGCUGACACUGUCUGACGCCGGCAUGUACCAGUGUGUGGCAGAGAAUAAACACGGCGUUAUAUAUUUCGCAGCUGAACUAAUGGUUUUAGCCUCUCCUCCAGACUUCACAGGGAACGUCCUCAGAGCUUUGCUCAAAGCCAAGGCAGGAACUACAGUGACUUUAGAGUGUAAACCCCAGGCCUAUCCCAUCGCCAGCAUCUUGUGGAAAAAAGGAAACCUGCCAAUCCACACCAACGACAGGAUCACGCUUUCCCCAGAUGGAACGCUGAGGCUUGCCAACGUGAGCAAGUCGGAUGCAGGCAGCUAUACAUGUUUCGCCAGGAAUAGAUUUGGCAUGUCGAGUACAACUGGAAGGCUCCUUGUAACUGAUCCAACCAGAAUCAUCCAGGGGCCAGUGGACAUGGAGAUCAUUGUGGGCGAGAGCAUCGUGUUACCCUGUCAGGUCUCCAGUGACCCCGUCCUUGACGUUUCUUUCUCCUGGGCCUUCAACGGACAGCUCAUCGCCAAAGGAGAUGGUCACUUUGAGCUAGUGGGCGGGAGAACAGCAGGAGAUCUGAUGAUCAGGAACAUUCAGCUCUACCAUGCGGGCAAAUAUAUCUGUGUGGUGGACACGGACGUGGAGAGCCUGUCAGCCGUGGCUGUAUUGAUCGUGAAAGGCCCACCCAGCCCCCCAGACUCCGUGACUGUGGAGGAGGUGACAGACAGUACAGCCCAGCUCGCCUGGAGUCCGGGCAGAGACAACGGCAGCCCCAUCACCAAUUACUUCAUCCAGACCAGGACUCCCUUUACUGUUGGCUGGCAGAGGGUUAACACAGUCCCUGAGAUAAUUGAUGGGAACACACUGACUGCCACUGUAGUAGAUCUCAAUGCCUGGGUGGAGUAUGAGUUCCGGGUCUUGGCCAAAAACAGUGUUGGUGUGGGAGAACCCAGUCCUGUGUCAGUCAAAACCAGGACCGAGGACGCAGUUCCUGAUGCAGCGCCAGGUGAUGUGGGAGGAGGUGGUGGAAGUCGAUCUGAACUGGUCAUCACAUGGGAGCCUGUCCCUGAAGAACUACAGAAUGGUGAGAGCUUUGGUUACAUCAUUGCUUUCCGGGCCUUCGGAGAUGUUAGCUGGACUCACGUGGCUACCUCUCAGCCCGGUGCUGCUCGCUACGUGUACCGCAACGACAGCAUCGCGCCCUUCUCUCCAUUUCAUGUGAAGGUUGGCACUUACAACAGCAAAGGACAGGGUCCCUUCAGCCCUGUGGUCACCAUCUAUUCUGCAGAGAUAGAGCCAAGUGGGAUGCCAGCGGGAGUUUGGGCCAGAAGUGUCUCAGCCUCUGAGAUUGAGGUGAAUUGGCAGGCUCUCUCCUUCACCCCUGAAAGGGUUCUGGGCUAUGAGGUGGUGUAUUGGGAAGACGACACUAAACCUGAGACCAUGGGGAAGGUUAGGGUGCCCUGGAACCAAACGUCGGUCACAGUGAGCGGCCUGGCAGGAAAUACGCAGUACUUUCUUACAGUCAGCGCCUUCAACACAGCCGGCACCGGCCCCUUCCUCCCUGCAAUCAAUGUCACCACGAAAAAGCCACCACCAGCCCAGCCACCUCUGAAUGUAGAGUGGACCCUGAUUGGCUCUCAGCUUUCUCUUUACUGGGAACCAGUGGUGGCGAUGGAGUCUGAGUCAGAAGUUUCAGGCUACCAACUGUCAUACAGGAGGCAGAGACACAAUGAGGUAAACACACUCACAACAGCCAACUCCACAGCAGAGCUGACCCUCCCUGAGGAAGAUGACGAGUACAUCAUCCACAUUCGGACGCUGAGUGAAGGAGGGCUGGGCCCUGCCUCAGAUCCCAUACGAAUCCACCAACUAAGUAUGAGUGCCCGCGGCUCAAGAGCCUGGAGCGUGGACAUCUCCCCCCACUCCCUUCUCCUCGCCAUCGCAAUAUCAACUUUCAGGUCAACGUCGUGACACAAUGAGAAACUGUUUUACAACCUUCUUAUUGGUAUUUUUUCUUGAAUUGGUGAAAGUUGCUGAGUUUUUCUUUUCUUUCCUCUCAUUUUUGGAGGCGAUCACAUGCUAUUUGACGUGUAAGUUUGCGGGUAUGAGGCAGCACAAGAGUGGAGCGUGCUGUCAGACAUUUAAUUAAUAGUAAACGCUUGAGCUUUUUUUUUUCUUUUUAAGAUAGGUCUGUUUUGAUAUGUCUGCUGGUUGGGAACAAUGCUCCAUUUCAACUCUUUUUUCGAAUGAUACAGAUGCCUUACUUCCAUUCAUGUGCCAAAGUAGUUUCAGCCUUCUUGUUGUAAUCGCUAAUAGCUACAUGCUUUCUUCAACAUUUUAUUCCUCACCGUUUCUUAACAUUGAAGGUCUCAGUGAACUUUGCAGAGGGUCGACAUAAGAAGUUGUAUUUUGUAUUUUGGGAUAUUUCUGAUUUCUGUCUCCACGUCUGAAUUGGCGAAUCUGAACAUGUUCAUUCACCCGUGCCCGUGCCUUUGAAGAUGCUUGUAACGCCAUCACUUAUAGACACUAGUCCGUGAUACUCAGUGUUUCGGAAAAUACCGCAGCCAACCUCCAUCUUUACGUACUCCAUUAAAAGUUGGUUGUGUCCCAGAUGAAACUCAUAAAAAAAAGCUCACAGUGCCAGUGUUAGCCACUUAGCUUUUAUCUUUUGAUAGUGGAGAGCUGAAUGUACCAUGAGGGCUCCUGCAGGUUUCAAGGCCUCCGACUGGUUAUUGUGAUAGCCCGCUGAUUGAUGGAUCAGACUUUACACUGCAGUCACAAAGCUUUUAUCUCCUUGUACACAGCAGUAGUCAGAGAGAAACACAACUGCAAGUGUAUUUCCUUCAAUGCUUGUCCUGAACCAAUCAGUCAAUUGACAGUAAAAAUCAGCCACAAUCCAUAAGGUCAUUUAUCAAGGGAAAAAACGCAAAAACACACCCAGAAUGGCGUAUGUCUUGCAUGUUUUCGUCAAUAAUCCAUUUGAAUCACUUCAAGGCAUAUUUUCAUACUUUAUGCCAUGGCCACAUGCCAACAAACAGCUAAAUACCAUCAAAAUAAAGAUAUCCCUCAUUUAGUUUCUCACUCUCCUUUAUCACAGUUGGAAUAAAAAGUACAGUUAGAUCAUGAGAUUGCACACCUUUUUCAUAUCUGUGCUAUGACCGUGGAGCAGGUUUUCAGGACUGUAUAAGCUUAGCUUAGCAUGAAGACUAGGAGAAGGGGGGACCAGCCAGCCUUACUUGAUCCAAAAAGUUCACAAACACAUCAAAGAGCAUCUGUAAAGUCACUCAUUAGCACUAGUUUUUCAUUUGUUGAGUCUGUAAGAGGCCAUUAUAUAUCAGCAGAGGUGUACAUUCGAUGGUCCAGCAGCUUUGGAAAACUAUUUUUGCAACUUUCCUAAAACGACAAUCAGACCAUCACACACCCUUUCAGCCGUGACUGGUGGACAGGUGUGUUGAUGUAAGAAAGCUAACAGGGUUUGAUGAUCCUUUGCAUCUAUGUCUUCUUAUAUUUCAUGGUUAUUUCUCACAGUUUUGCAGCUUUUUGCUGAUAGGACAGCUGAGGAGAGACAGGGAAUGUGGGGAGUACAGAGUGGGGGGUGACAUGCAGUAAAUGGUCAUGACCAGGAGUCGAAUCAACGUCUGCUUCCAUCACGACGAUAGCCUCUAUAAAUGGGUUGCGCACUCUUGGCUAAACCAGAGCCCCCUUUUCUUACAUCUCUAAAUAAAUAACUGUUUAUAAAUACAUCUGUAAAAUAACAGCUUGCUGGUUGUUCUCCCUCUCUUGUGUCGUCAUUCAAAUCACCUAUAAAUUAUGUAGCCAUCAAACAUGGUCCUGUACUUCAAAUUAGUUAUUUUCUAACAUAACCUGACUCUUAUUCUCCUUGGUUAAAGCACAGGCAUAAUUCAAGUCAGAUCUUGAGGUAAAACAAUGUAGAUAAUAACAUUUUAAUCCUAUAUUUUAAUCCAUUUUUAAUUCUGAAACGAUGGUGUCACAACAUAAUCUGGGCUCAGGGUCAGAUUACUAGCUUUAGCCGUAGCUUUCAGCCUCAUUACUCUAGUGAAUGGAGUUUGUUAUAGAUUAGAACAUGAAUUACGUAUGUCUUUAGUCUCAAGACUAAGCACAUGCCAGCAAAUCAGAAUGAAGAACUCUCAGUGGCCAUGGUAUAAUAUAUUUGGAUUUGAGUCUGUCAUUUAGACAGAGAAAGACAUGCUAAUGCAGGGCUCAGAGAAAUUAUGGUAUACAUCUCUCUCCGUUUGGAUUGAUUAAGUAAUUGGAAAUUUUCACUAUUUGCAGUUUUAGUCUACAUCCAUCUGGGCAACACACAAAGCCGUGCCAGUUAAUGUGCAUCAUCAGCCCUUGCAGUCGAGACGAGGGGCUUAAAGUGCUGCCAAUUGUGCCAGCCUGAUAAUUGAAAUCUAGCCACCAGCUUAGACAUUAUUUGGCAAAAUGUUUGGUCAGCUGUGUUUUAAUACUUUGUGAAUCUGUCCUUUCUUGUCAGUUGUAUUAGCUUUUUCUUAUGUGGUAUGUGUUGUCAUUGUUUAUUUAUGUAUUCCAGUGAAACCCCACUGCUCAGGUAUUCAGACCUGCUGCACCCUACUAUUCGAUAGCCCCACAGUGGCCGGAGCAGAUAGACCACAAAUCUGUCGGUGCACAACCUGAGGGUCUAUUUAACAGUCUGACCUGACGAAUGGAAAGCCUAAAAUGUGCCAUGAUUUAGCAGACAUUAAAAUAUCUUAGUAAAUUAGAGCAGGCCUGAGGGGCUUCUAUGAGAAAAGGGCAUAGGAGUAAUGGUACUAAUGACGCCCACCCAAGAUGAAUACAUCAGGAUUUAGGAAGGACUAAAUCAGGACAAUGCCACAGAGAUGAAACCCGGUAGAUUUAAGCGUGUACGUGAGAGACUGCACUCAUGUGGCGUCAUAGAAAACAGCUUUCAAAAGGAUCAUUCUAGCAUUCAGAAACAAAUUAGUUUAAAUGCAUUUCUUGUAAUUGAAUAUGGUUCAAGGCUUUAGGUUUCUAAAGCUGUACAGAUAUUGAAAAAAUAGUUACACAAGGUCAAUAUGAGAGGUAGAUGAAACAAGUUUGAGUUGUAAGUGUCUUUUUUUCUUGAUUAAAUUAUCAUAGAUGCAGGUGCAAAGAUACUAGAGGAAAAAAGCUCCACUCUCCAAGGCCAGGUCAGGUGCACCUUGCAGGGUACAGUUUGUAUCUGAUAAAAAGGUUUUCCUUCCUGAUAAUGUUAAUAACUUUCUGAAAGCAGUCUUUUAAUCCUGUUUUUGUGGCUUUACUUGUUGUUAAUCUGUAUACAUUCUUUCAUCACAGAAUGUCAUUGUUAAGCUAACAAAUGUUUACACAGGAAACGCAUCUUUUUUGGCUGAUUUGUUGAUUACAUGAACAGAAAAAAGACAACAUAAUAUGACAGGCUUUAUAAACUUGUGUCCUUGGUACCUAGAAGCAUUGCCAACAUCUUUGUUUUGUAAUGUAUCAGUACUGUGGAGAAUUUGAAUUGAUUUGUUUUCUUUCUUUUUUUAAUGUUUGAUAUGGUUCCUGAUUGUUGAUUUCAUUUUUCUCUGCUGCACAAAGGUCAAGUGUUGCUUUAAAAUAACUAUAAGAGCCAGUGUUGGCCAUUUAAAAAAAAGCCAGUACAGUGAGAUCUCUCAUGCCUUCAUACAGUAUUCUGUACAUGCUGUAUGCAUUUUUUGUUGUGAUACGAAGCAACACCUGCAACUGGGAGACCGAACUGUGGUGUCCUACUUCCCAAUUGUAAUUCUCAGUCAAACCCAGAAUCUGAAAAAUACAUGAGCAGAGAGCCACAUUUCUUAGCAGCUGCUAUCACACACAGCCUUUUGGUGCAGUGACACAAACACUACCUGUUACAAGGUAGUUGGCCAAUGCACAGUAGAUAAUACAAAUAGUACUGUCUACUAGUACUUUUUGUCUUUUUAUACCAAUACAACUUUACAAUUUUCUUGCUACUUUCAAGCUAAGAAAAGGCAGAAUUGAUCAAAAAAUUAACACAAACAAUUUAAAUUAUAUUCAAAUCAAUAAAGAAAUCCAAAUCAGGCUCUGUCUGACAACGCUUGGCCUUUCUGUUGUGACUCCUCAGUAUUUUGAUGUCCAGGUGAUCUCCAUGAGAUCGUGGCGGUAACGUUUUCACAUUGAAAAGUCAUCAGCUGAUCUUGAAACGCUGAAGCUGUGCAUGUAUGAUAUUGUUUGGUGCAUUUGUGUUUUCUAAAUGAGGGACUUAAUAAAAACAAUUCACUGAGGUUG